AAAGAAACAUACUCGGACGUAAGGGUAUGCAUAUAGAGAGAGAAAAGUAGCACACUAUGACCUGACCUGAGCUUAAAAUUAUUUAGUGCAAGUAAGAAAGAGAGAGAGAGAGAGAGAGUGCAUAAUCCAGAUGGGCUUCCCAGUUUCAAGGUACGCACUCUUCAGCUUAACUUUGCUUCACUUUCCUCUUCUCAUUCUCUCACUACCAAACCCUAACCCUAACCCUAACCCUAGCUCUGCUACCAACUCCUCAAGCUCAGCUCAGCUCAUCAAUGGCGAUUUGUCUGAGAGAAAACCCAACUCUAUGUCUGAAAACUUUGGAAAGUCCACUACCGAGCUUACAUCUUUCUCGUUCCAUAUGUUCACUCGAAACCCUAACCCUGAUUCCAAGCUCACGGUUUCCGGUGAUGCCCGCGUCGACGGUGUUUCCUCAACAACAGAAAACCCUAAUUCUAGCUCUGGAACGACUGUAAUGGGUGGCGAACAUCCUGUGCAAAACCCUAGCCCUAAUUCUGGUAUCUUGCUUUUGGGUGAUGCAAAGAUCACUGCGGAUGGAAGAAACGUUAAUUCUAAUUCCUUUGUAAAGCUCAAUGAGCCUUGGCCUUUAAGUGCAGGAUCAGUUGUAUUCAAGCACCCCAUUAGAGUCUCUGUAUCAAAACUCAGAGCUCACUUUUCAUUCUCUUCAUAUUUUACUUUCUCCAUUUCUCCCGGUAAUGGAGAAAGGCUUGCUCUUGUCUUUCUUCCAAGAAAGUACCUUUCAGAACCCAUCAAGUGCCUGCAUUUUAGGUUUUCUUCUGGUUUAGAUCCUUCCUGCAAAUUCCCCAACAUGUUUGCUAUAGAAUUUGACACUUCCAUGAACUCAAACUCAACCUCUUUCGAUGGGAAUCAAGUUGGGUUCGACCCCAACACCCUAGUUUCCAUUAAAGCUGCAGAUACUUCAAGCAUUGGCCUGGUUUUGAACAAUGACACCACAUUACAUUCAUGGAUCCACUACCAUUCUAUUUCCCAAACUGUUGAAGUUAGAAUCAGUAAUUCCAUUGCUUCUUGGCCAUUAAAACCCUUGAUUUCGAUCCACAAAGACCUCUCAAGAAUUUGGGGCAAAGAAUUAUUUGUGGGUAUCACUGGUUCAAAUGGGAACUCGACUCAAACCAGUGUCAUUUACUCAUGGAGCUUUGAUGGUGGGUACAACUGGAAGAACCAGCAUUCUAUGCCAGUUGAUCCAAGGACAUUGGAAGUGAAAAAUGGAAGUUUUGGAGGGAGAAUAAAUGUAAUUUGCAGAACAAUGGUUGCACUUAUUUGGGGUAUAGGCAUUGGAGCCAUAGCUGCACUUUCCGUGUUUGUAGUUUGGAAUUUAUUCAUGAGUAGGUAUAAGUCAUCUGUUGCAGAUUAUGGUGGGAAGAAGCCUGUCGAUUUGGGAUAUGAGAAGAUCCAAAAGGCAAGACAGAAGGGUUGUUCAUGUAAGGGUAUGGCUUAGACCCUGGAAGACUUUUUCUUUUUUCUUCUUUGUGUAUUCUAGGAAAAUCACACGAUUUCUUUUGUUUGUUAAGUUUAAGAAGUCCACACUCUCUGAUGUAAAAUAUAUGGUGCAGAGUUACUUUCCUUGUAAUUUGAAUCUUCUGUUUUAGAUUGUGAGCUGAUAUGUGCACUUGCUAAGA